GCGGCUCCUGGCUAGCGCUCCGGGGUGCACUGGCUGCUCCCGCUACUCGAAGUCUGCAGACGCCACCGCCUCUUCCUCCUCGGACCGUCCUCCUCGCCGCCGCCGCCACUCUCCGGCCUCCGAUCACCCGCCGCGCCGCCACCCGGCUUCGGCUCGCCCACUGGGGAUCCCGAACCAGGGGCGGUUGGCCUUGCCAGCAGGAACCAUGUCUUGGCAUUUCCCCCUCUUCCUCGUGGUCACAGUGACUUUGCCCUCCGUGUGCCUCCAGUUUAAUCCUCAGCCUCUGGAGGAACUAGGCUCUGACAUAGGGAUCCAAGUUUUCCACCAGAUUGUCAAGUCCCGGCCUCAGGACAACAUCGUCGUCUCCCCCCAUGGGAUCGCGUCUGUGCUGGGGAUGCUGCAGCUGGGAGCCGAUGGCCGAACCAAGGCGCAGCUCACCUCCGUGAUGCGAUACGGCGUGAAAGGAGCUGGUAAAACGUUAAAGAAGAUCAACAAGGCCAUCGUCUCCAAGAAGAAUAAAGAUAUUGUGACGGUGGCUAAUGCAAUGUUUGUGAAGAAUGGCUCUAAAAUCGAAGUGCCUUUCAUUACCAGGAACAAAGAUGUGUUUCAGUGCGAAGUCCGGAAUGUGAACUUUAAGGAUCCAGCCUCCGCCUGUGAUUCCAUCAAUGCGUGGGUUAAAAAUGAAACCAGGGCUGCCUCUGCCAAUCCUGAGUUUCUUACUUGUGUGUUCUGUGACCUCACAGGUAAGAUCGACAAUCUGCUCUCCCCUGACCUGAUCGACGGCACGCUCACCAGAAUGGUCCUGGUCAACGCCCUGUAUUUUAAGGGUUUGUGGAAAUCACGGUUUCGACCCGAGAACACAAAGAAACGUCCGUUUGUGGCAGCUGACGGGAAGUCCUACCAAGUGCCCAUGCUAGCCCAGCUCUCUCUGUUCCGGAGCGGGUCAGCAAGCACCCCCAAUGGCUUAUGGUACAACUUCAUUGAACUGCCCUACCACGGGGAGAGCAUCAGCAUGCUGAUUGCGCUGCCGAGCGAGAGCUCCACCCCACUCUCGGCCAUCAUCCCUCACAUCAGCACCAAGACCAUAGACAGCUGGACCAGCAUGAUGGUGCCCAAGAGGGUGCAGGUCGUCUUGCCCAAGUUCACAGCUACAGCAGAAAUGGAUCUGAAGGAGCCGCUGAAAGUUCUUGGUAUCACCGAGAUGUUUGACCCAUCAAAGGCAAAUUUUGCUAAAAUAACAAGGUCAGAAAACCUUCAUAUUUCUCACAUCUUGCAAAAAGCAAAAAUUGAAGUCAGUGAAGACGGAACCAAAGCUUCAGCAGUCACCACUGCGAUUCUAAUUGCAAGGUCAUCUCCUCCCUGGUUUAUAGUGGACAGACCUUUUCUAUUUUUCAUCCGACAUAAUCCUACAGGUGCCUUCUUAUUCAUGGGGCAGAUCAACAAACCCUGAAAGGUCCUACAGAAGAAGCCAUGCAAAGCAAACCCAACUUUGCUAUGAAGAGAAGACUCCUUGCCUACAUCUCUCAUAGUUCUGUUAAAUAUUUUUUUACAUUCCUUUCUUUUUCAAAACUAGUUCUUAGGAACAGAGACUCAAUGAUGUAAGCAUUUCUAUUCCAAGAUGUGUUACAGGCGGGAAAAGGGCAGGAUGGCUGGAACACUGUACUGAGCAAUGACUAGAGGGCUUCCAAAUGUUUAAAAGAGUCUUUAAACUACUGAGUGGUUACCUAGGUAACAACCCUCUUGAGUAUUUACUGUCCAGUUCAGGAUUUUUGUUUUGUUUUGUUUAAUGUAUGGCUUUGCAGAAGACAUUGAAUCAGUGUGAUGGGGGGAAAAGACAUUUUAUCGUAGCUUUUACAUUUUUAUGAAAAAAAAAUAUUAUUGGCCUUUUAAUUUUUUUUGGUCUCAUCCAAAGUCUUGAUAGUAAGCAUUAUUUGGGGGGUAGAAAUAGCGAAAUCUCUAGCUUCUUUGUGUUUUUGAUGUUGUUGUUGCUGUUGUUUUAUAUAAUGCACGUAUUCACUAAAAUAAAGUUUUAAAAACUAAUGUCUUGCUAGACAAGGUUUGCUGUUGUGCAGUGUGCCUGUCGCUACUGGUCUUCUGUACUCUUUGGAUUUGCAUUUUUGUAUUUUGUACAAAGUAAAAAUAAAGUGUUAUAAGUAGUAAAAAAAAAAAAAAA